AUGUCACGGCAGGAUGGCCAUGGCAGCGAGAACAUUGAGGAGAUUAAACAAAAUGUUAGGCAAAUGCUGGAAGGUCGCGACGAGCCAGUGGCUCAGAUGGAGCUCGUGGAUGACUUCCAAAGGUUAGGAAUUUCAUACCACUUUGAGAAGGAGAUCAAAGUCGCAAUGGACUGCAUUUUCGAAGACAGAAAGGAAUGUGAACACCUAUAUUUUGCAGCUCUUAGAUUCCGAUUGCUGCGGCAACAUGGCUAUCAUGCUUCUCCUGAUGUUUUUGAAGUAUUUGUGGAUGAAAGAGGCAGAUUUAGCAACAUCCUUGCAGAAGAUUUAAAGGGGUUGCUGAACUUGUAUGAAGCUUCACAUCUUAGAUUUGAAGGGGAGCACAUAUUGAAAAAGGCCAUGGACUUCACAAAUCAUCUCCGAGAAAGUAUGACCAAGAUGAAUAAUUCAGACUGCAUCCUUGCGAGACAGAUAGCUCAAGCCUUAGAGCUCCCUCUUUCGAGAAGGAUGCUAAGAUUGGAAGCGAGCAAUUACAUAGAUUCGUAUCAAAGAAGGCCUGGACACCGCUCUUGCUUACUCAAACUAGCAAAGCUAGAUUUCAAUAAUGUGCAGUCUUUGUACCAAGCAGAAGUCAAGGAGAUGUUAAGGUGGUGGAGGGGUCUUCAGUUGGCAGAGAACUUGAAAUUUGCUAGGGACAGGUUGAUGGACAGCUAUUUAUGGACUGUAGGAGGCAUUUUCAAUCCUCUUUUCUCUGUCUGUAGGAAAGGACUUACAAAAGUCGGUUGCCUUGUCACGACUAUUGAUGAUGUUUAUGACGUGUACCGCACACUUGAUGAGAUAGAACUGUUUAGUGAAGCUGUCGAAAAAUGGGAAAUUGGAUAUAUUGAUCAACUUCCUCAAUACAUGCGAUUGUGUUUCCUAGCUCUCUAUAACACAACCAAUCAAUUUGCCUAUGACUUCAUGCGGGACAAAGGCCCCAACAUCUUAGGCUACUUGACAAGAGCGUGGGCUGAACUCUGCAAGGCAUAUUUAGUGGAAGCAAAGUGGUUCUAUAGUGGAUAUACACCCACGGUAGAAGAAUACUUGGAUAACGCAUGGGUUUCCAUAUCAGGACCUCUGGUUUUAAUCCAUGCUUAUUUCUUCAUGCAACAUGACAUAAAAGAAGACGCUACCAUGGAUGUAGACCAUUACUUCAACCUGAUAAAGAAGUCUUCCAUGAUGGUGAGGCUUCAAAAUGACCUUGGAACUUGUAAGGACGAGAUUGGGAGAGGAGACGUGCCCAAAUGCAUACAGUGUUACAUGAAGGAGAAGAGUGUGUCAGAAGAAGCUGCUCGUCACCAUUUUGAUGGUCGACUAAAAAAUGCUUGGGAAGGACUCCUUAAAGAAUGGGCGGAGGCUGCUGGUGCUACUAGUCACCCCAUUGUACAUUUCGCUUUGAAUUUUGUAAGAGUCGGACAGUUCAUGUAUCAACAUGGGGAUGGUUAUGGUUUCCCAGAAAGAGAUUAUCCCGUGGAGCGCACACUGAAGCUAAUGGUAGAAAGCAUUUGAUAUGGGAUAGAUGAUCA